GCGCGGAGGCGCCUGCGCGUUGGCUGCUAACUCGCUCUAGUUGCUGUGGUCGGGGCUCGGGACCGGCUGCCAUCUUAGUCGAGGGACUGAGGAGUCGCCGCCGCCCCGAGUCCCGGUAACAUGCAUUUCAUAGUGGCCUUCUGGAGACAACGCCUUAACCCAAAGAAGUGACUCAUACUGUGAGAAGUUCAGGUUUGCUGACCUGUUGGUGGUAUGUCUAACAGUGGAUCACAACUUGGAUCAAUGGGUAGCCUGACCAUGAAAUCACAACUUCAGAUUACUGUCAUAUCAGCAAAACUUAAAGAAAAUAAAAAGAAUUGGUUUGGACCAAGUCCUUACGUAGAAGUCACAGUAGAUGGACAGUCAAAGAAGACAGAAAAAUGCAACAAUACCAACAGUCCCAAAUGGAAGCAACCCCUUACAGUGAUUGUCACUCCUGUGAGUAAAUUAAAUUUUCGUGUGUGGAGUCACCAGACACUGAAAUCUGAUGUUUUGUUGGGAACUGCUGCCUUAGAUAUUUACGGAACUUUAAAGUCAAACAAUAUGAAACUUGAGGAAGUAGUUGUGACUUUGCAACUUGCAGGUGACAAAGAGCCAACAGAAACAAUAGGAGACUUGUCAAUUUGUCUUGAUGGGCUGCAGUUAGAGUCUGAAAUUGUUACUAAUGGUGAAACUACAUGUUCAGAAAGUGCUUCUCAGAAUGAAGAUGGCUCCAGGCCAAAGGAUGAAACAAGAGUGAACACAAAUGGGUCAGAUGACCCUGAGGAUGCAGGAGCUGGUGAAAAUAGGAGGCUAGAUGGGAAUAAUUCUCCAUCACUCUCAAAUGGCAGUUUUAAACCUUCUAGGCCUCCGAGACCUUCACGACCACCUCCACCCACCCCACGUAGACCAGCAUCUGUCAAUGGUUCACCAUCUGCCACUUCUGAAAGUGAUGGAUCUAGUACGGGCUCUCUGCCACCAACAAAUACAAAUACAUCAGAAGGAGCAACAUCCGGAUUAAUAAUUCCUCUUACUAUAUCUGGAGGCUCAGGCCCUAGGCCAUUAAAUCCUGUAACUCAAGCUCCCCUACCACCUGGUUGGGAGCAGAGAGUGGACCAGCAUGGGCGAGUUUACUAUGUAGAUCAUGUUGAGAAAAGAACAACGUGGGAUAGACCAGAACCUCUACCUCCUGGCUGGGAACGGCGGGUUGACAACAUGGGACGUAUUUAUUAUGUUGACCAUUUCACAAGAACAACAACGUGGCAGAGGCCAACAUUGGAAUCUGUCCGGAACUAUGAACAGUGGCAGCUACAACGUAGUCAACUUCAAGGAGCGAUGCAGCAGUUUAACCAGAGAUUCAUUUAUGGGAAUCAAGAUUUGUUUGCUACAUCACAAAAUAAAGAAUUUGAUCCUCUUGGUCCUUUGCCACCUGGAUGGGAGAAGAGAACGGACAGCAAUGGCAGAGUGUAUUUUGUCAACCACAACACUCGAAUUACACAGUGGGAAGACCCCAGAAGUCAGGGUCAAUUAAAUGAAAAGCCUUUACCUGAAGGCUGGGAAAUGAGAUUCACAGUGGAUGGAAUUCCUUAUUUUGUGGACCACAAUAGAAGAACCACCACCUAUAUAGAUCCCCGCACAGGAAAAUCUGCCCUAGACAAUGGACCCCAGAUAGCCUAUGUUCGGGAUUUCAAGGCAAAGGUUCAGUAUUUCCGGUUCUGGUGUCAGCAACUGGCCAUGCCACAGCACAUAAAGAUUACAGUGACAAGAAAAACAUUAUUUGAGGAUUCCUUUCAACAGAUAAUGAGCUUCAAUCCCCAAGAUCUGCGAAGACGUUUGUGGGUGAUUUUUCCAGGAGAAGAAGGUUUAGAUUAUGGAGGUGUAGCAAGAGAAUGGUUCUUUCUUUUGUCACAUGAAGUGUUGAACCCAAUGUAUUGCCUGUUUGAAUAUGCAGGGAAGGAUAACUACUGCUUGCAGAUAAACCCUGCUUCUUAUAUCAAUCCAGAUCACCUGAAAUAUUUUCGUUUUAUUGGCAGGUUUAUUGCCAUGGCUCUGUUCCACGGGAAAUUCAUAGAUACAGGUUUUUCUUUACCAUUCUACAAGCGUAUCUUGAACAAACCUGUUGGUCUCAAGGAUUUAGAAUCUGUUGAUCCAGAAUUUUACAAUUCUCUCAUCUGGGUUAAAGAAAAUAACAUUGAGGAAUGUGGUUUGGAAAUGUACUUCUCCGUCGAUAAAGAAAUUCUAGGUGAAAUUAAGAGUCAUGAUUUGAAACCCAAUGGCGGUAAUAUUCUUGUAACAGAAGAAAAUAAAGAGGAGUACAUCAGAAUGGUAGCUGAAUGGAGGUUAUCUCGAGGUGUUGAAGAACAGACACAAGCUUUCUUUGAGGGCUUUAAUGAAAUUCUUCCCCAGCAGUAUUUGCAAUACUUUGAUGCAAAGGAAUUAGAGGUCCUUUUAUGUGGAAUGCAAGAGAUUGAUUUGAAUGACUGGCAAAGACAUGCCAUCUACCGUCAUUACACAAGGACAAGCAAACAAAUCAUGUGGUUUUGGCAGUUUGUUAAAGAAAUAGAUAAUGAGAAGAGAAUGAGACUUCUGCAGUUUGUAACUGGAACCUGCCGAUUGCCAGUAGGAGGAUUCGCUGAUCUCAUGGGGAGCAAUGGACCACAGAAAUUCUGUAUUGAAAAAGUUGGGAAAGAAAAUUGGUUACCCAGAAGUCAUACUUGCUUUAACCGCCUAGACCUGCCACCAUACAAGAGCUACGAGCAACUGAAGGAAAAGCUGUUGUUUGCCAUUGAAGAAACGGAAGGAUUUGGACAAGAGUAACUUCUGAGAAUUUGCAUCAUGAAAGGACAAGAAGUUAUUUGCACUGUUUGUCCUUUUCCUUCUCUGCCUGUUGCACAUCUAGUUGUAAAAUUGGACUAUGACUGUUUAGAGAGUUAUCUCAGUGUAAGUAAAUUAAUGUUAUCAUUGAGAUUUAUCUCCCAGUGAUUCUGGAUUUCUACUCAGUGUUUCCAGAAAUCAGAUCUGCACAUGACUAGUCAAAACCUUACUUAAUAUAAGAUUUAACACAGCAAUGAAA